AUGGCCAUGUCUUGCCGGUAUGCGGCGCAAAGCUGCGCUCGCCAAUUGCGCUCCGUUAGCUCUGCUAGAGCCUCUGCACAGAUGCUUCGAGUUUCCUCGACGACAAGAAGGUUCAACUCGACAGAGGCUGCCGCUACGAACCCCAAGAUUGCCGAAAUUGUCGAUCAAAUCAGCCAACUGACUCUGUUGGAGACUGCCGAUCUGGUCUCGAGCCUCAAGAGCAAACUGAAUAUCCCCGAUAUGCCAAUUGGUGGCUUCGCCGCUGCCGCCCCUGCUGCCGCGCCCGCCGUCGAGGAAGUCGAAGAAGCUGCCCCUGCUGCUGCCGAAAAAUCUCUCUUCACUCUGAAGCUGCAAGCAUUCGAUGCCGGAGCAAAGGCCAAGGUUAUCAAGGAGAUCAAAGGCUUGCUGGGACUCAGCUUGGUAGACAGCAAGAAGUUUGUGGAGAGUGCGCCGAAGAUGAUGAAGGAGAACGUGCCCAAGGAGGAGGCUGAGAAGAUCAUUGCGGCCAUGAAGGAGCUUGGGGCCACUGUUGUCAUGGAUUAA